AUGCAGACUGCUGUUGUGGCGACGGCCUUGAAGAUUCUACUCUUUCCAGCAUACAAGUCAACCGAUUUCGAAGUUCAUCGCAAUUGGCUGGCUGUCACCCACUCGCGACCGGUAACUGAGUGGUACUAUGAAAAGACCUCCGAGUGGACAUUGGAUUAUCCCCCGGCCUUUGCCAUCUUCGAGUGGAUCAUGUCGUGGCCCGCAAGUGUGCUUGACGGGGCAAUGGUCGAUGUCAGUAAUCUUAAUUAUGCUUCCUGGGCGACUGUCGCCUUUCAACGAAGUACGGUGAUCAUAACCGAGCUACUACUUGUGUACGCUUUGCACGUAUAUGCUUCGACGGCAGUACCAUCAGCCAAAAAACAAGCUCACGCAGUAGCCCUGUCGAUACUGCUCUCACCUGGAUUUCUGAUUAUCGACCACAUACAUUUCCAGUACAACGGCUUUCUCUAUGGGUGGUUGAUCUUGUCUAUCACUCUGGCAAGAGAGCAAUCGACAAUGCUGGUCAGCGGCAUCUUGUUCGCCAUCCUUUUGUGUUUCAAGCACAUCUACCUUUAUCUGGCGCCGGCUUACUUUGUAUACCUGCUUCGUGUUUACUGCUUCGAUCCAAAGAACGUCUUUCAACCGCAAUUCCUCAAUAUCGUCAAAUUGGGUGUCAGCAUGGCGGUGGUAUUUGGGGCGGCUUUGGGGCCCUUCGCGUACUGGGGCCAGCUCGAGCAGCUCAAGAGUCGCCUAUUUCCAUUUUCGAGAGGACUCUGCCACGCCUAUUGGGCUCCGAAUGUCUGGGCUCUGUACUCUUUCGCAGACAGAGUGCUAAUAUUUCUCGCACCUUACCUCAAGCUUGACAUCAACCAAGAGGCAGUAAAAAGUGUCACUCGCGGCCUGGUCGGCGAUACAUCUUUUGCAGUUCUCCCGAACAUUACGCCACAACAGUGUUUUGGCCUGACCCUUGCCUUCCAGCUCGUGGCUUUGGCAAAAUUGUGGUCCAAGCCUACAUGGCACGCAUUCGUCGGGGCCGUCACGCUGUGUGGAUUUGCUUCUUUCCUCGUUGGGUGGCAUGUUCAUGAGAAAGCCAUCCUACUGGUUAUCAUUCCUUUCAGCCUCAUUGCACUCCAGGAUCGAUCUUACCUCUCAAGCUUUCGACCGCUUGCUGUGGCAGGACACGUUUCGCUUUUCCCGCUACUCUUUACAGUUCCCGAGUUUCCGAUCAAAAUUGUCUACACGCUAUUCUGGUUGAUGACGUUCUCCUACACUUUCAGCAGGCUGGCUCCUCCGCCUCCUACACCCAGGAGAUUCUUGCUCGAUCGCUUCACGCUGCUCUAUACUGCAAUUUCGAUACCACUUGUCGUCUAUUGCUCAUUGGUGCAUGGUAUGGUGUUUGGAGACAAGUACGAGUUCAUCCCUUUGAUGGCAAUAUCGACAUAUUCGGCAUUGGGAGUGCUUGCCUCGUGGGCUGGUCUGAACUUAUGCUAUUUAUCAGCUUGA